CAUACAGACACUUGUACGCUUUGAGCAAAUUGAAAAAGCAAACAACACCAAAAAAGAAAACAAAUUUAAAUUUGAAUUGUUUAUUAAAAUAUGAUUAGCUAUAUGAUCGAGUAAGGACUUGCAUUAAUAUGGCGCUGCAGAUCGCACGCAAUAAUCGCGAAUGGGGCGAACACCUACGAGCAAUGCCCCAGGAAGAAGUCGAAGUCUACGUGCUGUUUGUCAACACAACAAAUCGCACAGUGGAUUUGUACUGGGUACGCGAUCCGGACACGGAAAACAUUCAGGUAACAUUAAAGCCGAACGAGGGAGUGCCCGUAAAUACGUAUAAUACGCACAUUUGGUUCUUUCGCGAUUAUUAUACUGGCGAACGUAUGCAUGUGCGGUCGCAGCGUUUGUUUUUCCCUGUGCGCAUACGCAUGCCCAGAAAUCCACAACAGCCGGAAGAGCUGUGUGAUGUGCGUACCCAAAUCCUGAUACACUUUCCGCUGCGCACACUGAAGGAGAACUGCCUGUGGUUCAUUGUCAGAUGGCUGAGGCGUACCUACGAUGCACCACGAGAGUACAUCAAUAGCUACAUGAUACCUGUAACACUGAAGCAACAGUUGCUCAUCUUGUCCAACACCAUCGAGUCCUACUGCAGCCAGGCGCAUCAGAUGAGGCGGCGCAUGAGAGCUCGCCGGUAGAGAGAGAGGCGCGAAAUCGUCACGAAUAUAGAAAUAUAUACAUAUUAAGUGUUUAGUCAUAAGUUGUGUUCUUUUACUAUGAAAGGAAAGGAAAGUAAAGCCAGGCUUGAUUUCCAAAUAAUUUAAUAAGAUUUUGAUUGAUUUUUGUAAGUUUUUUUUUUCUCUUAUUUUCACUUAUUUACAAAUUGGCUUGCAUAUAUGAGUUUAUAUGUUUUCUACAAUUGCAUUGUUUCUUUUCUUUUCUUUAUCGUAUAACAGAAUACUUAGAAUUAUAUGUUUAUGUAUAUAAUAAGUAACCAAACGUACAUACAACAUAUAUAUAUACAUACAUAUAUAUAUAUAUUUGCAUCGAUCUCUAGCUGCUUUAUGAAACUGUUUAUAGACGGGCGUUUGCUUGAUGUGCUUGUAUGUAUUUAUGUUCGUUUAUGCAAAUGGUAUGUAUAAAAAAGUGUGAAUACAGUUUUAUUCAAUGUUAUGUACGGCUGCAAACCACGAUAUUUGAUCUAUAUAUAUAUAUAUAUAUGUGUGUAAAA